AUUUAUACAUAAACCGCACCUUUAAGGUGCGUUUUGCGCCGGAACCGCACCUCCACGGAGCGGUCUGUGUUGGGUAGGGGUGAACAAACACACCCGCAAACCGACCCACCCGUCCAACCCGACCCAACCCAUCCGUAUUUAUCGCUAAAUCGAAGGUUUUGGGUUGGGUGAGGGUUUUCUUUUGUACAACCCGCCUCUUUUGGAUUGGGUUUGGAUUUUGGAUUACACAACCCGUAGAACCCGACCCAACCAGUGUUCCAAUUGUUGGUAUGAGUUCGUAUCCAAAAAAAUAUUUAUGUCGUAUAUAGUCAUACUUAUGAGAAAAUUAAGAUAUUUCACCAUGUUUUUCUCUUAAAGUCUCACUAAUCUAAUGCAUUCUUCAACUUAAAGUUUAGACAUAUAUUUAAUAUAGCCAUGAUUCAUGUAAAACUUUUUUCUUGUGUACAAUUUUAAAAGAAUAUCAUAUUAUGGAUGCGUUCAUUUGUAACCUUUUUAGCCUAUUUCAACAAAUGUCGUGAAAAAAACUAGACAUAAGUUGAAGUAAAUCAAGUUUUAUUAAAAUUCAAACAAUAUUUGUGAAUUUUGAUACCUUUCACCUCGGUUUAUUCGUUUGAAUUUUUAAUUUGUUAUAAAAUAUUUUUAUGAUGUAGAAUAAUUACAUAUUUUGUGUUGGGUUGGGUUUUUACUUAAAAAUAUCGCCAACCCGACCCAACCCAAUUAGAAACAAACCGUAAGGUUUAGAUUUUUUUGGAUGGGUUUGGGUUUAAUAUUUCCCAAACCGUAGUGCAUGGAUCGGGUGAUUAAAAUGCCUAAACCUGGACCACCCGACCCAUGUACACCCCUAGUGUUGGGUGGCAGCGGCCUUGCAAACCGCAGGAUUGGGUGGCGAUCCAGCGGGCAAGAGCAACGCCACGUCAGCGAUCCGCUCCGUGGAUCGAAGAACGCAGCGAGGAGGAGCGGUUUUGGAGCGUGGAUCGCGGAGCGCAACGGGAGGGAGCGGUCAGCGCCUCGGGACGCGGAGACCGCAUCGGGAGGGAGCGGUUUCUGCUAUGGCAAAAUUACCAGACCGCCCCUGAAGGGUGCAGUCUGAAAUAGUAUAAAUACCCCAUCCCCUCUCUCAUUUUUUCACACCACAACCAUUCUCCACUCUCUCUCUAGAAUUAUCUCUCUAAACCCUCCCCUCCCAAAAGCCUAGGAAAUAGUGGUCUGUUGGUUGCGGCUAAGUCUGAUCUGCCAUCAUAAAACAUUUCUUAGGUUUUUUCCUCAAAACCCGCCGAGCCGAAUCCCUGUCCGAAUUUCCCGAAAAAUGGCCGAUUGGUGGCAAGGAGAGGGAGUUUAUGUUGAUGAAUUUCAAGCGGUACGUACUCAUUAUUCUGGUUUAAUUUUUGUUGUUGUUAUAAGCUUUUUAAUUAAUCUAUGUACUAACCUCGUUGUUAUUUUCUCGUAGGUUGGGGAGAACGUGGAUAUAUACAACCAACGGUAUUAUCUCGAGCAAGGACCGUUGGAUCCAACCGACUUGUACGACCAACCCAACCAUCGGUCAAGGGAUGUUUGGAACGAUCACCCGGUACAUACAAUUCUUUACCAUUUGUCCUUUUUUUAUUUUGUUAAUGUAUUUAGUGGAAUAUAAAAUAAAUUUAUGUUGAAUUUUUAAUCGUGUUGGUUGUUUUCAAUAAUUUAAUCAAAUACAUAGCGCCACUUACUUCGACUCUUUAUAAAGAGAUGCACGUCUAAGAAAAUGGGGUUUUAAGCGAUUAUCAUAUCCUCCCAUUCCCUGGUAAAAUCGGGUAUUAAGAGAUCCUCGGAUCCCCCCUUUUUCUGUCAAAAAGACUGCGUUUCUAAGAAGAUGUAUACCUCUUCUAAGAGUCUAACGAGUGUUGCUUGUAUUCGAUUAAAUUAUUUAAAACAACCAAUACGAUUAAAUUAUUUACCAAACAACCAAUACGAUUUAUUUUGAUGUGUACAAAAUGAAUUUUAUUAAUUUCAAACAUUUGAAUAUGUAUGUUUCUCUUUAAAUUAUUAUUCAUUGACAAUGUCAUUUAUUUUAGUUAAUUUAGUAUGUUUGUUUUACGAUAAUAUGUAUGUAUCUCUUUAAAUUAUUAUUCAUUUAGAAUGUUAUUAUGUUAAAUAAUUUAGGAUGUUUGUU